UAGAAAUGGCUAAAGCAAGGGAGUUGAGGAAGAUUGCAGAAGAAACUAAGAAAAAGGCUGUGGACGAUAGAAAAUGUGCUGAUUCAGAGAUGGCUAAAGCGGAGAAGCAGAUGAAGGUUGCUAAAGAAACUAAGAAGAAGGCUGCCGAAGAAAGAAAACGUGCUGAUUUAGAGAUGGCUGAAGCAGCAGAACAAAGGAAGAUUGCUGAAGAAAACAUGAAGAAGGCUGUUGAAGUAAGAAAACAAGCUGAGUUUGAGAUGGCUAAGGCAGAGGAGCAAAGGAAGAUUGCUGAAGAAACUAAGAAAAAGGCUGUUGACGAAAGGAAAUGUGCCGAUUCAGAGAUGGCUAAAGCAGAGAAGCAGAAGAAGGUUGCUACAGAAACUAAGAAGAAGGCCGUUGAAAAAAGAAAACAUGCUGAUUUAGAGAUGGCUGAAGCAGCGGAGCAAACUAAGAUUGCUGAAGAAAACAUGACGAAGGCUGUUGAAGUAAGACAACAAGCUGAGCUUGCGAUGGCUAAGGCAGAGGAGCAAAAGAGGAUUGCAGAAGAAACUAAGAAAGUUGUUGAAGAAGCCAAAAUAGACAAAGGAAGGAAGGUUGUGGAAGCAACUAAGAAGAAAGCUGUCGAAGAGAAGUUGCACAAUAACAGUUUGACCAAACAGCUAGAUGAGGCCAGAAGAAGGAAUAAAGAACUACACAAACAGUUACAUGAACUUUCUGGCUCAAGGAAAAAGGGGGGCAGUCAUUUUGACCAACCUUAUCGAAAUGCAAUCGCUGCAAAAACAGAAAAGACAGCACAAUUCAAGGUGCUGAAGGAAGAUGCUGAGAAGUUCAGGGUAGCUUCUGGGUAUCUGCAGUUGGAUGAUAUUGAGAAAGAGAAGUCUACUAGUGAGAGAAAACAAGCAGAUUCCAAGAGGAGGAAAGCAGAAAAGAAAAGAAAGUUUGUGGAAGAGAAUACAAAGAAGACUAUGAAAGGAGAACACUGGGGUAAUCAUUUAUCAAAGCUGUUAGAAGAUGCUAACCUGAAAAUUAAUGAAUUGCAGAAGCAGAUAUAUAAACUUUCAUCAAAUAGAAAAACGGAUGGUGCAUUGGUUGUUUCAUCUAACAAUGGAAUUAGUGCUGAAGUAGCAGAAGUAAAGCUUUUGAAAAAACAACUGAAGUUUGAGAAGGAAAGAGUAAAGCAUGCAAAAGAUGUGGCUAGGUUGGAAAGAAGUCAUAGUAGUCUUUUGCAACAAGAAUUAGGUUGCAUGAAGUUCGAGUUAAUUAAACUUUUGUACCGUUUGGAUGCACUGGAUAAUUGUUUCUCAGUUCCAGCUGAAGGUAUAUAUGACAUGGAAAAGGCUGGAGAGACUGCAAGUAUGCAAUGGACAAAGUUGAAAAACAAUUUGCAUGGCUUAACAUCAUGUCAAACAUGUCUUCAAACUGAAAAUGAACUUCUGAAGACCAGGUACAUGGAUGCAACUGCUUCCAAUCCUCUUGGGGAAAUAAUUCGACAUGAUCAGUGUUUGCUUCCUAUACAGGGAGGGAACUGUUGUAAAUCUAUCACAGGUAUUAAUUCUAAUUUGGAUCCUCUAGUUCGAGGAUCUAAUAAAAGAAUGUCACAGAGUUCUGCGAUAAAUUGCUGUACAGCAUCUUUUUCUGAUAGACAGUUGGUGGGCUCACAGGAAAGGGGUGUUCCUUCUGUUACCACAUCGGCAACACUGGCUGAAGAGAACUUAAAUUUACAACCAACUAUUACAAGUAUGUCUUGCGAAGUUACAAAAAAAAAGUGUAAUGAAAAUCCUGCCGUGGUUGCUGAAAAUAGUGUUAAAAGUCCUCCUCUUGGAAGAGUUAAGGGACGUGUUAGGAAAAGAAAUAUGAUACUUGAUACCGUGGAAUGUAUUGAAACUUUAUGCUGUGAGAGGAAGAAGAGGCAUCUACAGCUUGGGGACAAACUUUCUGCUUUGGAAUAUUCUGCACAUGAUAAAUCUCAUAAGAGGAGGAAGAUUUCUGAUGAAAAGACACUAGCUAUGGGGAAAUCUUGUGAUGGUCUGCAGAUGAAGCAGAUGCCAGGUUGCUCUGAUCAUUUGUGCAACCCUAAUACUAUUGACCCUAAAACUAUGGUUGGUUUUGAGGAGGUAGUCAGCAAAAACUAUAUGAAAUUACUGGAUUUGGAUGAUGCUGCAGAGGAGGAAUGCUUUAGGAUGGCAGUUGAAAGGCCUGUAUCCCCUACACUUCCUGAAGUGGAAUCUCCCUGUAUCAAAUCAGCUGAGGUGGAUGAAUUUAGACCAUUACAGGAUGCGAUUUCUGAAAGAUUCCCUCAUGAAAAUGAAAAUCUUGCAUCUUCUGACAAGUUUGAUGUUAUGAAUGUGAACAGUUCCAAUCAGUUGCAUUUUGAUAGGGUGGACACUUCACCUCAAGUACAACAUGAGAAUGACUCAUUUGGUUCCUUUGACAUUCUAAAGUAUAAUGAGAACAAUUAUUGCAUUACUUUGCCAGCAGAAAGAGCCUUUUUAAACCACUCCCAUAACUCUCGAGUGGAUGUGGAGACUUUAGUUGCUCCUAGUUCUGGGAAUGGAGUGGUGAACUUUCCAUCUGGAACUGGAAGUGACAUUGGAUCCACCAAUGCAAGUAUUCCGAAAUUCUGUGUUAUAUUCUCUAACAUCAAGGAGGAUAGCAGUGUCUCCAGAAUUUGUUGUGCCACUAAAACUUGUAUGGUUCAAUGCUCCUUGCCUGCUCAGACAGAGUUUGUCAUGCAUAGAAUUUCACAUGCUCUUAAACUGGAAAAGCAGCUUUUACCGAAGGAGAAGGUUUGUGUAUUUUUUUCAUUGGUUCUUCUCAACUUCUGUACAGCUACAUCCAAGAACUGCUCUAUGCUUGGGGAUUUCAUACUCUGUUUAAAUUUGUUUGCUGAACACAUAAAUGAAGUGAUGUCUGAUGGCGAGUCAAGAAGUGUAGUGGCUGAAUGUUUGGAUGAAUUGCUUAGUUUAAUUCAAGAUUUUCUUAUAGAGGGGAGAAUAUUGUUGUAUGAUGAUCUGUCUUCACAGACUUCUGUUGAAUGUGAUUCAAGAAGACAUGUCUUUAUUGAUGGUUCAGAUUUAGUAUUUACACAUGAAGCUGCUUCAGCUGAUCUGUUGGCGGCCAGUAGCAUUAUAUUGGGUUCUAUUUGUGCGGCUGCUGGCCGUGUUGGCUUUCUGUGUGAAGCCGCAUAUAACAUUUUCCGGAUGCACAGAUAUGAUACCUCGGUGGUCCUGGUUGUUCUUCAUGUGUUUGCUUAUGUGGGUGGCGAUAAGAUGUUUACCUUAAGAGAUUAUAGUUCAACAAUGACUGUAUUGAAAUCGAUCGUUGUGGUCCUUGAAAGUGAAUGUGCACCAGUGGCUGUAAGGACUCAUUCGCUGGUGGGUGAUGUUAUACAUCAGUUCCAUGAACGUGUUGGCUGCCCAUUUUCUAAGGACUCCCUUUCUGCAGAUAAUGUUGUCUUAUUACUCUUUACAAAGUUUCAGAAUUAUGCCCAGUCGGGAAUCAUGCAUCAAAAUCUGACAGCAAAUUCAAGUUCCAUGUCCAUUGAGGAUAUGGAUGUAUACUGUUGUUUAGAUAAGUGCAGUUUGUCUAGUGAACAGUCGGGAUCAGUUGUCACUGGAACUGUGUGCGACAGUAUUGAUGUCUUAUCAUUGAUUGAGCUGCUUGCAUGUAAUAUGAGCUGGAACUGGAUAUGCAAGAAAAUCAUUGGCCAGCUGUGCUGUAUGUUGGAGUCAUCUGCUCAUGAGAACCUCACUGUUGCCAUCAUUGUUCUUCUUGGUCAACUUGGAAGAAUCGGAGUCGAUACUAUUGGAUAUGAAGAUAAAGAGGUUGAAAACUUGAGAGCAAAUCUGCAUGCUUUUCUGUUGCGGGAGGCUACUAUUGGAGCCGGUCUGCCCAUCCAGCUCGCCACCGUUACUGCUUUGCUUGGGCUUGUACCCAUCGACUUUGAGAAUGUUGAGCUUGCAGUCAUGUCAGGUCAGUUUGUUCUUGCAGAUGUUUUAAGAAAGUGGUUUCCUUUGUUGACAGAAGAACAGCGAGCAACAUCGGUUAGACUUUUCAAAUCUAUCGACUGAAAUAGUUGCAUCAUGGAAAGUUCGAUAUGGAGCAAGCUGCAAUAGUUUUGAAAUCAGGACACAUUUUUGGUAAAAAUGUAUAAUUUCUUUUUGCAGAAACCAGUAGUUUCUCAUGACCGGUACUUUUUUGGGGACGUGGAAUCGUUUUUGUUUCGGUUUCAUGUUCGUCUCUGCCUGUACAU